GGUUACUGAUCAUUCUUGUGUGGGAGAGCCGUGGUCAAACUUUAGGGCCAUUUGAUGGACAGCGAGAAGGUGUGUGUCACUGGCGCUUCUGGUUUCCUGGCAUCUUGGCUCGUGAAGCGGCUACUGGAGGAGGGAUAUUACGUCGUCGGGACUGUGCGCGAUCCAGACGAUGCGAGCAAGACUGCCCACCUGUGGGAGCUUCCGGGGGCGAGAGAGAGGCUGGAUCUCAAGAAGGCCGACCUUAUCACGCCAGGCGCCUUUGACGAUAUUGUCCAAGGCUGCCAUGGAGUUUUCCAUAUCGCGGCUGCCGUGACUAACCGGUACAAGGAGGAUCCACUGACCGAGAUUGUUGAUCCAUGCGUGCUUGGAACUCUGAACGUGCUUAAUGCCUGUAAACGAUCCACAACAGUCAAGCGAGUGGUGUGCACGUCAUCCGUGGCUGCUGUUAGCGCGAGGAACGACUUCAAGCCCGAUGACGUCUUGGAUGAAUCGGUUUGGAGCGCCCCGGACUUCUGUCGGGAGAUCGAGAUGUGGUAUGGUCUGGGGAAGACUCUAUCCGAGCAAGCAGCACUCGAGUUUGGGAAAGAAAACGGCUUAGAUGUGAUCACAAUCGCGCCCAGCUUAAUCGUUGGAGAACUACUCUCGUCCAGGGCCACCGCAAGCGUUGCUGAUAUUAUCCUACAGCUCCAAGGAGCCAAGCAGUGGUUCAAUUACGCUGGAUACGUCCAUCUCGACGACGUUGCUCAAGCUCACCUCCUCGCUUAUACAAAUCCCAAAGCCAGUGGAAGAUACGUUUGUUCAGCGAUCAACAUGAGUACUAUCGACCUCGCCAGCUUCUUGUCCAAGCGGUAUCCCAAGCACCAAAUCACCGACGAGAUCGAGGUCGUCUCUCUGGCAGAGUUCAAGGGAUUCAGCUCCAGAAAGCUUCAAGAUGAGCUUGGGCUCCAAUUCAAGUCUCUGGAGCAAAUGUUUGACGAUUGCAUUGCGAGCUUGGAGCGCAAAGGCCUCUUAACUUUGAGUUAGUAGUUUACUGCAACUCAAAUAACACGAACACACUUCUUCUCCUUGAAUAAAAUCUCUCUGAUUUGAUCCAAGAA